CGAAGUUAUAUCUAUCGAGAUUAAAUUGGAAUCUGUUUCAUUUUAUCUAGAACGAAAACGCAAAAGACAAUGUCGACAGAUCAAGGACGCCGUACCAUCCAGUCUGAUGGACCGCUCAUGGAAGCGGCCGAAGGCGAAAACAAACUCAUCGGAGGAGAUUCCUUCCCAGGCCGUACCCCGAACCCUUCGUGGCUGAAAGUCCGGAACGAACACUAUGAAGCCAUCAAGACCCGGCGUGCCGAAGAAAUGGCGCAGAAAGUCCCCGUCGAGAUUAGCGUGACCAUGCCCGAUGGAACCGUCUUGACACACGACAAGGAGGAGAAGCCAUUCAUGGCGUACCAGACCACCCCCUUUUUGGUCGCCGCCAAGAUCAGCCAGGGAUUGGCAGAUGCCUCGAUCGUAGCCCGUGUCACCUACGAAAAAUAUGCUGACGAUUAUGACCCGGCCCAGGACGGUGUCGGAGCCGCAGAUGGGUUGUUGGAUGCCAUGGAGGACCUAGACCUCGAGGACAAUGACGACGAAGAAAACGUGGGUUCCGGCAUGAAACCCCAGCUCUGGGAUAUGACCCGCCCGCUGGUUGGGCCUGUUAAAAAAUUAGAAUUCCUCAAGUUCGACGACGAUCAAGACGCCAAGACUGUCUUUUGGCACUCCUCGGCACACAUGAUGGGAGAAGCACUGGAACAUCUCUUUGGUUCCAAGUUGACAAUUGGGCCUCCUUUAAAGGCCGGCUUUUAUUACGAUUCUUACAUGGGAGCGGAUUCCAUCAAAGAUGACGAUUGUGAGUAUCGUUUAAACAAGAAUGUGACUUGAAAAUAUUGCGUUGGUAUUGAGCUGGGAUACGCCCUUCCCGUGUUAUUCCUUUGUGGAAGUCCGGUGUUAGAAAUUCUGAAAUACGAUUCGUUUUUGCCCUUGCACUGAUUUAAUUUUUUGCGCCACAUUUGGAUUCAUUCAAUACACCAUUUCUUUGCUUGUAGACAAACCCAUCGAGAAGGAAGUGAACGCUAUUAUCAAAAAGAAACAAAAGUUCGAGCGCAUGGUCAUCACCAAGGACGAGGCCUUGGAGCUAUUUGCCGACAAUCCCUUCAAGGUCAAGAUCUUGAGCACCAAGGUUCCUGACGGAACCCGUACCACCGUCUACCGAUGUGGAGAUCUCAUCGAUCUCUGCCGUGGCCCACACGUUUCCCAUACCGGAAAGGUCAAGGCCUUUGCUGCUGCCAAACACUCGUCCGCCUAUUGGUUGGGAGACGCCGAAAACGAUUCGUUGCAGCGUUUGUACGGAAUUUCCUUCCCCGACAAGAAGAAAUUGAAGGUCUGGCAAGAAAUGAUGGAAAAGGCCAAGGAGCGCGAUCAUAGACGUCUUGCAAACAAGCAAGACCUUAUUAUGUUCAAUGAUUUGUCGCCAGGAUCCGCGUUCUGGAUGCCCCACGGAGCCCGCAUCUACAACAAACUUAUCGAGUUUAUCCGAAAGCAGUACUGGGAACGUGGUUACGACGAAGUUAUCACACCCAAUAUUUUUAACCUCGAUCUGUGGCACCAAUCUGGUCACGCCUUGCACUACAAGGACGACAUGUUUUCGUUCGAGGUCGAGGGACAAGAAUGGGCAAUGAAACCUAUGAACUGCCCCGGUCACUGUCUCAUGUUUGGAAGUCAAAUUCGAUCAUACCGUGACCUGCCUAUCCGAUACGCCGAUUUCGGUGUCUUGCACCGAAACGAACUUUCUGGAGCCCUCACCGGUUUGACCCGAGUCCGACGCUUCCAGCAGGACGAUGGACACAUUUUCUGUCGCAGAGAUCAGAUUACCGAAGAAGUGUUGGGUGCCUUGAACUUUAUGAAGUUUGUCUACGAUAUCUUCGGCAUGACCUACAAGUUGGAGCUCUCUACCAGGCCAAAGAAGGCUCUUGGAGAAAAGGAACUCUGGGACGAAGCCGAGGCCGCUUUGGAAGAAGCUAUGAAUACUUUUGCCGGAAAGGGCAACUGGAGGGUAAACCCUGGAGAUGGUGCCUUUUACGGACCCAAGAUUGAUAUCAAGGUGAUGGAUGCCAUGGAUCGCAUCCAUCAGUGUGCCACUGUUCAGCUUGAUUUCCAGCUUCCUAUCCGCUUCGACCUCAAGUACACCACUGACUCGAAGGAGGAAGGAAAGCAAUUUGCUCGCCCCAUCAUUGUUCACAGAGCCAUGCUGGGCAGCGUCGAGCGCAUGUUUGCCGUAUUGACCGAACAUUGGGCCGGAAAGUGGCCCUUCUGGAUCAGUCCAAGACAGGUGAUGAUCAUUCCCGUUCACAAGGACUUCGGAGAUUAUGCCGAAAGUGUUCGACAAAAACUCCACAAAGAAAUGUUUUUCUGCGACGUCGAUCAAUCCAAGGCCACCUUCCAAAAGAAGGUUCGAAACGCUCAAAUUGCUCAAUAUAACUUCCAGCUGGUAGUAGGAGCCAACGAAGUGGAAAAUGGCACCGUUAACAUCCGUACUCGAGAAAACAAGGUCGAGGGAGAAAUGAAGGUGGAUGAGAUGAUCCAAAUGUUCAAGCGAUUGAAAGAGGAAUAUAAAUAAUGACGAUACAUGUGUCUGAGCUAGUGCGUACAUUUACGUGGUCAUUUCGUACGCUGAAAGGCAACAAUUUUAGAUAUGAUUCUACUAUUGGCAAUAUUUUGUAUUAAUCCAAAAUUUAAAUUUUAUAUUUGGAUACCGAUCUAAGUGCAACCAAGACGCAAACUUAGCAGUAACACCCUAAGGCACCAGCACACAAGAACAGCGCUAAGCAGGCACUAGAAGGCCACUUGCCAUCAAAGCCUCUAACACAAUUGAGUGAG